ACUCGCGCUUGCGCGGUGUUGCAUCUGUUUCUUGAAAAGUUUCUUUGCUUGUGGAAGACAUGACGUCUCGCCGGGCUUUGCACUUCGUGUUCAAAGUGGGAAACCGUUUCCAGACGGCGCAUUUCUUUCGGGAUGUCCUGGGGAUGAAGGUUCUGCGGCAUGAGGAAUUUGAAGAAGGUUGCAAAGCUACAUGUAAUGGGCCUUAUGAUGGGAAAUGGAGUAAAACGAUGGUGGGGUUUGGGCCUGAGGAUGAUCAUUUUGUCGCUGAGCUGACUUACAAUUACGGCAUUGGAGACUACAAGCUUGGCAACGACUUCAUGGGAAUCACACUCACUUCCAGCCAAGCUGUCAAGAAUGCCAGGAAGCUGGAGUGGCCACUCAGUGAAGUUGCAGAAGGAGUUUUUGAAAUUGAAGCCCCAGGAGGGUAUAAAUUCUACUUGCAGAAUCACAUUCCACCUCGGGCAGAUCCUGUAUUAAAAGUUACUCUGGCAGUGUCUGAUCUUCAGAAAUCCGUGAACUACUGGUCUAAUCUCCUGGGAAUGAACAUUUAUGAACAGGAUGAAGAAAAGCAGAGAGCUUUGCUGGGCUAUGCUGAGAACCAGUGUAAGCUGGAGCUCCAGGGCAUCAAGGGCUCGGUUGAUCAUGCAGCAGCUUUUGGAAGAAUUGCCUUUUCUUGUCCCCAGAGAGAGUUGCCAGACUUAGAAGACUUGAUGAGAAGGGAGAAUCAGAAGAUCUUGACUCCCCUGGUGAGUCUUGAUACCCCCGGGAAGGCAACGGUGCAGGUCGUCAUCCUGGCUGAUCCUGAUGGACAUGAAAUUUGCUUUGUUGGGGAUGAAGCGUUUCGAGAACUUUCUAGGAUGGAUCCGGAAGGAAACAAAUUGCUGGACGAUGCAAUGGCAGCAGAUAAAAGCGACGAGUGGUUUGCUACCAGAAAUAAACUGAAGGCUUCAGGGUAAUGGAAGGCAUCACGUGGAGCAAGCAUUUGUCAUUCCCACCCGCCCCUGGGACCCUAAUGCAUCUGCUGGUGAUAAAUGCUCUUACUACUCAGUUGUGUCCUAUGCAGGCAAGGAGGCCUGGCUGAUGAAGAUUUGUGUAUUUCAGUCUUUGAAAGCGCUAGUAUGUUUUAGAAAUGAAAUCUGAGUAUCAUUGCUCCAAGUAAAGGAGAAUUACUGCUAUAAUCUGCACUGUCACUGGAAUGGCACAUUCCAGGUAACUGUAUUAAAUUAGUAACAAAUUACUUUCUGGGCUAGGACAGCUCUGUGUGUGCUGUCCUUGGUUAGGAAUGGAAGAAGUUUUGAUAAGCUGUGACUCAUUAGAAUGGAUCAAUUUGAGGGCCAGGGAUUUAGCUCAGUGGCGUGAGAGCCUGCCUGGCAAAGUGCGAGGUCAUGAGUUCAAUCCACGUACAGAUAGAUUUUACUGCAGCAAAUGUUCAAAUAAAUCCAAAUCGAUUGUUCAUGAUGGUUAUGCUGCAAGCAUGUCAUGAUAAUAAACUGUUGUAAUAUCUUGCUGUGGAAA